UAGACACUGGAGACAAACCAUUAGAUUCAAUGUUUAGUUAAACGUCUCAACAGUUGUAUAAAUACAGGUGUAUUUGCCUUCACAGCCAACAAACCAUUUGUGAAACAAACUUAUUGUUUAAACAAUAAUUUAAUUGCAAAUCAGUUAUAAUGAACGCAUUUCUAACCCUCGCUGUGGCGGCCAUCGCAUUGACCGCUUGUGUUCAGUCGGUCGACAUCACGGACUGCGGUUCAGUUGACGGCACCGUCACAUCGGUUACGGUUAAGGGCUGCGGACCCGGCGAUGAGUACUGUACGUUCAAGACGGGCACCAACGCCGGCAUUGACAUCAAGUUUGACUCCAAGGUGGACACGAGCUCUGCCAAAGUGAAACUGUGGGCUGUUAUCGCUGGUUCGCCAAUUGAGUUCCCGUUUACUCACAGCGACGCGUGUAAAGAGUGGGGACUUCACUGUCCGCUAACAAAGUCGAGUCACAACGAGUUUAAGCUUCAAAUGCCAGUCGAGAGCUCUUACCCUAAAAUCAAGCUCAGUAUCCGCGUUGGUCUCGAAGACGCCGCAGGAAAACUGCUUAUCUGCCAAGAAAUACCCGCUGAGAUUAAAUAAAUUGACCAUGCUUAUUUACUAAAUUAAUUAAUUUGCAGCUUAAUAAAUUAAUAAUUUUGUUAUUUCAAACAACUUUUUAUAACUUUUUAAAUUUGUUUUAAAUUUUAAUACAUUUAAUUAAAGAAUUGUAUUUAAUAA